AUGCUGCGUGGUGCUGUCAUUGGGUCGAGGAGAGGAUCGACUAUCGUCGCGCGCUGCGUGGGUCCUGCCCAGCAGCGUCGCCAUGUGCGCUACGCAAACAUUCAAGAGACACUUCGUCCGCAGGCGGGGCAUAGCGCGGGGCAGAUGUCACUUCUUAACGACAUCUGCUGCAACCCCGACGCGGAGGAGGAGCGCCGCAAACCCAUCUUUCGACAUGAAGUUGCUCCACGCGCCCCAUCACCAUCAACUCGUACACCGGCGAAGAAUUAUUUGCGGACGAUGUAUCAAUGGGGUUUCAACUCCCUCACACUCUUCCGCAAGACAAAUGAGGACCCUGGGCCGUGGUGGAACGCGAACAGCAGCACCCUGGUUUCAAAUUGGACGCAGGUGGGUGACUACGCAAAUGCCGGCAUGUGGUCAGGAGUCUGGCGAUAUACAUAUGGUGUGGGCGAGUAUAAUCUGCGCCCGUAUGAGGUGCGGGGGCGGGCCUGGGGACGCCGUUUCAAUAAGGCAGGCGCCAUCGUCAUUGAUUAUUACUACAAUUGUGGCAACCAAAAGGAGAAGACAACGCCGCCACAACUCCUCAUGUUUCCGCACACACCGGAGCAUCAGAUGCACCGUCGUUUUAAAAAUCCCUCUCUCCCUGGCUUUCGAGACAUCAGCGCGCUGCAUGGUAAACGCAUUUUUCGGGAAAUACAGUACCACCUAGGGCAGGGAUUACGUUUUUACCUUGUCGAUGGCGUAUUUGGAAGUCAUCCGGAAACUCAAACGCCCUAUCGUAUCAUUACUGACAAUCCGACACAUGCAUACUUUGCGUCACUUGCAGCUAUACGCAAAUUUAAUUAUGUCGCGCAGCAAGAAAUUAUGUUAUCAAAGCGAAUUACUCAAUCUCCCAUUGAUGAAUGGGGAUGGCGGCGUCCUGGUGUACUGGUGUACCACGCUCCAGGUUGGGAUUUUGAGAGCCCCCGUAUUGUUGAGGAGUUUGGUGGGCCCCGUCCAAAAGACUUGGGUCUUGAACACCCCAAAUUUAUCGCUUUGGAGCCAUAUAGUAUCCCUAUGAAGGCAGCUAUUGCAGCGGAGCCAAGCUGCGAUGUAUUGCUUGAUGUUACGGCUUUCUUGUGUGCCCGAUGGGGUUUUUAUGCCGAUGACAAGGGAUUUCUUACAGUUGCUGCGGAAAGCAUUUUAAGCCCUGAUGCUAAGAAACUUACGCUGGUUGUAUGUGGUUCGGAAUUGGAGGCGGAUAUUCUCCGAGCAUCACCGUACAUAUUUGGUGCGCGUCAUCACCGCAUCGCUGAAGGGUGGGUCUCUCGUGCAUGGGAUGUUGUAUCUGCAAAAAAGGAUAAAGUAGAUGUUGGGGAACACGAUUUGGUAGAAAAGAGCCUUGGUCGUAUACAAAAACCACUUUCAGGGCGAAUUGGUUUGUAUAAUGCACGUUCACAUCGUCAUUAUGGCCGUCGUCAUGUCUCUGGCUUUGGAUAUAAAUUGCCCCACAUUUAUACGGAUGAUGCGGCUACCAAAGCGGCGGCGGGCGGGCAUCUUUUUUCUUCUCCGAAGGAUGCCUUUGCGUCGCACCCUGCACGGCCCAACGCCUUUAAGCUCUCUUCUGUGAGUAUCAUCGUAGUUGGAUCCGGCACGAAUGCCGCCAAAGUCAUUGUAGAUGGGCUUGGUAAGAAGGGGAUGAUGUACGCAGAGACAGACAAAUUGCAGUCGGCGUUUGAGACGACACUGAAGGAGGCAAAAAGCGUGCGUGUGUUGGACCCGGGCUCGGCGACGGCGGAGUUGCAGAGGCUUGCCCAGUCCGGUUCUGCAUGA